GCACUGUGACUGCACAAACAAGUUGCCACGUAGCUGUACAUGAGUCCGAUCGUGAUCAGCUGGCACGUACACGCUGUAGUCUGUGUAACCAAACAGCAGCUGCCGGUGUCUUCGCGAUGGCUCAGGGUCAUAAGUUUCAGGACCUGGAGGAGACCGGCGAGGUGCUCGUCGCCUUCAUCAACAGCAGCCAGCUGGAGAAGCUGAAACGAGUGAAGGACGAACAUCAGGCGCUUUUCAAUCAACACGUGGAAACAAAGAAGAUCGUGAGACAGAUUUUAAAAGAUGUGGCUCAGAUCGAGGAGACAACCGGCCAGAGGCUGCUCGACAUGGAGGAGGCGAAGAAGCAGAGAGAGGACGAGCUGUCGAAUGUGGAGGAACAUCUGCGGCAGUGCACGGCCAAGAGCCAGAUGACCGACUCUGAACUACAGUUUCUGCAGAGAGAGUUGGAGAGUUGGAGAAACUCCGAACACGAGCUUCAGACUCUUCAGAACGAGGUGGACGAAGACACGACGGAGGUCAUCCCAUCAGCCAUAUAUGUGGCUCAGGUUUAUUACGUGAUAUCGAAGAUCAAGUGGGAAUAUGACACACAGCCCAACGUCUUGAAAGGAGUUCAUUACGGCGCCGACCUCGCCACUCCCAUCAGCAUCGACACUUCUCAGCGAUCUCGCAGCGACGUAAGCGACCAGCUGUGGAGCUUCGUCAGCACCGAAUGGUAGCUGAAGGACGGCGGUGUCGUCAGAAAUGUUUUUAUCUUUGUGUGUCUGUGUGUGUCUUUUUCUUCUGUCCUCUUACAAACAUCUUUUAUACAUUAAAUAUCUCCGAUCAGUU